ACAUACUUCAUACUGUAGGCCUAUAUGAUGAAUGAACUACCGAAGUUGACCACUCUGACAUUUCCGGCUAAACUAGUAGUGCAGUUAUUCCAGAGUUUCCUUUUUGCUAACAUUAUAAGUGGUAAGAAUCGGCAACCUAAUGAUCACUUGUUAUGUUCACUUUGAAGUUUUCUGGAAUAGUCUGUCAAGAGGUGGUUUGCAUCCAAGACCUAUUUAUACUCCUCAGUCAACACCUGGGUCUUAAGACCGGGUUUUAUUAAGCGAUUUAAAAAUUAGGUUUUGUAUUGAAACAAAUGUGCUUUUAAUCAAGUGUUCUGUGUCUUAGACUUUUGUCUGGCGUCUUCAUUACUUUGGUUCUGGCUUGGACCAUGGCGAGCGGAGACCUUUUGUUCGGUUUCUGAGAUCAUCCAUGCCCAAUUUUAGUCCCCUUUGCAUUACAGAUUGUUUAGUUUGUCUUGGAGUUUUGUGUUUUUUAGUUUUGUUGUCUACUGGUUUUAUUUUUUCUCUCUCCCCGUUUAGCAUUUGUUUCCCAAUGAUCUUUAUCUAGCCAUGAUCUUGACUUUAGAUCCGAUAGUCUCGCUCCCCCUUUUGCUUUGUUUAGACACUACGCAAAAGCUCCUGGCUCGCUAUCAGUGGUGUUGCCGGGCUGUAAAUGGUCUUUAUUGCAGGAAACUGAGAGAGAAAGGGGCACAAGCUGUUCGCCUUUAACCAAGCAAGUGUGUCUCUGUCCAGUCUGUUGCUCUCUUUUUCAAUCAGUGUUAUGGUAGAGUUAUUCUUUUACUAGUUUAUGGCCCUGUGAAACAGGGUGCAUUAAGAGACGCUUCUGUCUUCCAGAUACAUCAUAAAGCGCUGUCAUUGACAUCAUUUCACACUUCCAAAGACCGAAGUUCACACUACAUUUCUCAGCGAUAAAGAUGGACAGAUAAAGACCAGCUUUCUACCAAUGCAUCAGGGGAGAAAAUGAAUACGAGACAUACAUUUAUUUGUUGUUUCUAAUGAUGAUAAGAUUAUUAUUUUGUACUCAUUACUUGGAACCAGCAUAUCUGUUUGGUUACAUAAUGCGAUGACCAAAUGUCUUUAAAUUGAAUUAAACUAAAUGAACAAAUGAAACAAAGUACAUGGUAAGUAACAAAAGUAUUAUCAUUCUGACCUUAACACAAAAGCUUCCCAGUUCAGUACCAGCUGUUGCAUUUGAAUGACUCUUUAUUCCCACCUCUCUGAUUGGUCGUUUCCUAAAUGACUUUGACCUCUAUUAGGUGUGAAUGGUCUCCUGCUCUGGUUUCCUGACAUAGGAAGCUGUAGGUCUAUUGCCUAGAGGUUUAAUGGAAACGAGAAGAAAUAUCAAUGGUUGUUAAAGUUCGAGCUGAAUUUACAGGUCUGUACUAAUGCUGUUAUGUUUGAAGUAAUAAUGGUCUACAUAGCUGCAAAAUGGUUAAAUUGAAUAUAGACCUUAUAAGCCUGUAGAUGUGCAAGAGCUCUGUUCUGACUAAAAUGUAACUGUUUGAUGACUUGGAGUGUGAAUAGAAGUCCUAGAGCUGUUUUCCAUGUAUUGGUUGUUCUGGUUUAGAGAGAAGAAAGGUGGAUGGAUGGAUAACUUCUGAAGAUGGCAUGUUCAUUUGUUAAAAGCAUAACUUUCCCUUAAAGGCACAGUUCACCAAAAAAUGAAAAUUCUUUCGUCAUGUUCCCUUCGGUGCAAUCCUGUAUAAAUUUCUUACAAAAGAGAUAUUUUGAAGAAUGAUGGAAAAAUUGUUUUGGAGCACUAUUGUCUACCAUAGCAGCUUUUUACUACUGUGGAAGUCAACGUGAAAAAAAGUUGGCCUGCAGAACUGUGAGGAAGAUACACAUUUUAAAAAGAAAUAGUGCUUUAAUAUUUUAACUCCAUAUUAUGACCAAAUUUCCCGGUACUUUGAUGUGUAUCCGUGCACUAAGCUAACAAAAGAGCAACAGUUACACUUACAGUUUCAGAAUAGAACUUCAUAUCCAUCUCACUAGAAAACAAGAUGUAGUUAAACAUGCUCUACAGUUACAACAGGCAUGUGAUUAAUACCCAGAGGUCAACCUGUCGGCGUGAAAGUUAGUGUUAUCUGAUAAGAUAAAGAGAAGGGGAGUUACCGAGGAUAAAACACUGAGAUUAUAUAAACACUCAUUUCCUCUUUGACUGGUAAAGAAAAGCUCCGCUCUGAAUUUAAACAUCAUGAGAUCCCCAUGAAGACCGGUGGAACGUCGAGGGAAUGACAUUGAGUACGUUUGUUAUACGUAAAACAUCUAAGUGAUUUCUCUAAAUCCUGCCUCUCCGUUCGCUCCACCCGUUAAUGUUUGACUAUUAGCAAACACGUUUUAUUUAAUCCAGUCAACUGUAGAAUCACAUAGUAAAUACUCACAAUCCUAUCUGAAAGUUUAAUACAAUACAGUUUGAACCAUAUUAAUGUCCUUUGCAUUUCUGUAGUUUAAUAUGAUCUUCAAUCUAAGUGGAUGUUUUCAUCAUUUCAUAAGCAUGUUUUAAGGAUUAAUGUGAUACUUUGAUUUAAUAAGUGUAGUGUGUCCUCCUGUCGGUGUCAUUUUCAGGUUUCUGUAGUGGAAACCAAUAUUAACAUCAGUCAGUCAUCCCUGUGUGAGAAUGCACUUUUGUGUCGGAUGGGAAGCUAAGCCAUCGUGUCGGUUUCAGAAUGCUCGCUUUCUGCAAUUUGUAGCUUGAAACGGCUAAGAAAGAUUAUCGACUGGUGUUGUACAUGGUUUCCUCGGCCAUAUUUGUGCCCCCUGGCGAGCUUAGUCUUAAGAAAGCCUGCAAUUUUUCACUUUGCUUUGGUAUAAUUAGGUAAUUGGCCUAUAUUACAGGACUACAAUUUUGGAGUGUUCACCCCUGUCAGACGAUUGCCUUCAGGGUAGCGUACCCUGUGUCAUUAUCUCCACACACACACAAGCCACAGAAGCGUUGCAACAUUUUUUCCUGUAUAAACCACAAAAAUAGCUACGUAGAGUCAAUAGGUUUGCUGGUUUAUGACCGCGACCGUGGCGAGAAAUUGAACCGCUUUGAUGUAUGUAUACUAUGACACACUGUCUCUGCAUUAUGUAAAUACUUUUAUUGUUGUUUGUGUUGUUUAAUUUGUGGUGUUUGAUUUCUUUCGUGUUACUCUCCAGUCCUGGAUAGAGAAGUUAUAUAACGAAAUGGUGACUGUACACCGGGUCUGUUCUGUCUCAAGGUUGUAUAUCUACAGCUUCAGUGUCCACGGCUUACAGCUCUUGGUGUGAAACAGACAUGUAAUAAAGUGUGUCAGGCGAUUUCGGCCCUUUACAACCAACUGUAGCCUCACAAAACUGACAAUCGCAUGCAUAUGAGUGACCGAUUUUUAACAGCACAGAUUACGUUGUUUGUGUCUCUGUAAAUAGUUUUGAAGAGUGUUAUUGAUGCUAACCUUAUUCUGUCUUAUAAACCAAAUUUCCCAAAUAUAAACAAUAAUGAAUUGUGCGGGCCGUUCGAGAGAAAGUCUGCGCAUGCUGUAGCCAAGCAGCGGAGGAAAACCACAGAGCUGACAGCCAGGAGCGUAUAGAUCACAGCGCCAUCAAUCUCUGACAUUUCAUCAGGGAGAGCGGUAGGCCAACGCUGUGCCAAGCCCAAUCCUGAAGCCUUCGGACAAGUGUUCGUCUAAACCGGGAUGAAACGAAGAUGACGUUCUGCUAAGAGAUCUGUUGAUGUCACUGAUUUAUGGGACAUAAGUGUCGAUACAGCGAUAGACCUGACUGAUAGUCUGUUAGUAGUUUACUGCCUGGUGUGUCCCGUUGAAAGCUAGGGCUGGCACGGUAGAUAUAGCGAGAAAUCUGAGCCUCAACAAGCUGGCGGCAGUCGAUACGGACAUCCUCUCCAAUCUGCCCAACCUCAGAGAAGUGAGGCUUGACCACAAUGAGCUGACAUCUAUCCCUUCAUUCGGAGACGCCGCGGCAACGAUCGUUACACUCUACAUGCAUCAUAAUAAAAUCCGAAGACUUGAGGGGAGCCUGUUGCAAAACUUUUCUGCUCUGGAGACUCUUGAUCUGAGUCACAACAAUAUCACCGAGCUAAAAGACUACUGCUUCCCUCCAGGGUUACGAAUCAAAGAUCUGUACCUGAACAAUAAUAAGAUUGUUUACCUGGAGUUCGGGGCGUUUAGGAACCUAGCCGGGAGCUUGCAGGUCCUCAGAUUGAGUCGCAAUCUACUAACACACCUUCCUGUUAAAGGACUAGAGCUGCCCAAGCUCACACAGCUGGAGCUGAGCAGGAACAGGUUACGGUCGAUCGAGGGACUCACUUUCCAGGGUUUGAACAGUUUAGAGGUUCUCAAGCUUCAGAGGAACAACAUCAGCAAGCUGACAGACGGGGCGUUCUUUGGUCUGGGCCAAAUGAGGGUUCUGCACCUGGACUUCAACAGUCUGCGGGAGGUGAACAGCGGAUCUCUCUACGGCCUGAAGUCACUCCUGCAACUCUACCUCUCCAACAACUCCAUCUCUUACUUCAACCCUGAGGGCUGGGGCUUCUGCGAGAAACUCAGAGAACUGAACCUGUCUUAUAACAACCUGACAAAACUGUCUGAGAAUAGUUUUGCCAAGCUGGUGAACCUGAUCUCGCUGCGUUUGGGACACAAUUCCAUCAGUCACAUCACAGAGGGAGCAUUCAGAGGCCUUAACUCCCUGCGCACGCUGGAACUCGAUCACAAUGACAUCUCUGGGACUAUAGAGGACACCAAUGGAGCCUUCGCUGGCCUUGAAAACCUCAACAAACUAACUCUGUUUGGAAACAAGAUCAAGUCGGUGGCCAAGAAAGCCUUCACGGGUCUGGAGUCUCUAGAGCACCUGAACCUGGGGGAAAAUGCCAUUCGCUCCAUCCAACCCGAGGCAUUCAGCAAGAUGAAAAAGUUGCACUACCUUCAUAUUCAGAGUGAUAGUUUUCUGUGCGACUGCCAGCUGCACUGGUUUCCGGAGUGGCUGAGGACACGAGGGCUUCAGUCUGCCGUUCAGGCCACAUGUGCCCAUCCAGAGAGCUUAAAGGGCACCAGCAUCUACCAGGCACCACCACAGAGCUUUGUUUGCGAUGACCUUCCAAAACCUCAGAUCACAGUUCACCCUGUCAACACGGCAGCAGUUUUGGGGAAAGACGUGCGUCUCACCUGCACGGCCGCUAGCAGCAGUAGCUCGCCUAUGACCUUCACCUGGCGCAAGGACCAGGAGACGUUACGUCAAGCCGAGGUAGAGAACUUCGCCCAUGUGAGGGCCAGUGACGGAGGAGUGAUGGAGUACACCACCAUCCUUCACCUUCGGCACAUCACCUUCAAUCAUGAGGGACGCUACCAGUGCAUCAUCAGCAACCACUUUGGCCCCUCCUACUCUAACAAGGCCCGCGUCACUGUCAACGUGCUGCCUUCAUUCGUGAAGACCCCGCGUGACAUCACCGUCCGCACGGGCACGAAGGCGCGUUUGGAGUGCGCCGCGGAGGGACACCCGACCCCGCAGGUGGCGUGGCAGAAAGAUGGUGGAACGGAUUUCCCCGCCGCUCGAGAGCGCCGCAUGCGGGUGAUGCCUGACGAUGACGUUUUCUUCAUAAUGGAUGUUAAGCCUGGGGAUAUGGGCAUGUACAGCUGCACGGCCAAAAACACGGCCGGUAUGAUCUCCGCGAACGUCACCUUGACGGUUCUAGAAACCCCUCACUUGGCGCAAGAAAUGGACGAUCGUAACGUGGUGAUGGGCGAGACGGUCGCACUGCAGUGCAAAGCCUUGGGCAGCCCGCCUCCUAGAAUCACCUGGCUGAAGGGGGACGAGCCUCUUCAACCCAGCGACCGUCACCACUUCACUCCUGGAAACCAGCUUCUGGUGAUCCGCAGCACCACCUUAGAAGACGCUGGACGUUACACAUGCGUCAUGUCCAACACGCUAGGCACGGAGCGCGCUCACUGCCAGCUAAACGUCUACCAGCGUAUUGAAGAAGAAUGUGCGCCCUUCUCCAACCCCAGCACUGUUACCGUGGGGAUCAUCGUUAUCGCUGUGGUGACCAGCAUUGUGGUGACAUCACUGGUGUGGGUGUGUAUAAUUUACCAGACGAGGAAGAAGAGCGAGGAGUGCAGCGUUAACACAGAUGAGACUAUCGUCCCUCCUGAUGUCCCAAGUUACUUGUCCUCGCAGGGGACUUUAUCAGAGAGACAGGACGUGUGUAUACGAGUGGAGUCUAAUGGUGGAUCUCAAUCUAAUGGGCGCAUUGAGAACAAUGGCUAUGAUGGUCCAGUCAUGUGCAAAGACUGCUUGGAAAACGGCACCAACUACUCCAAACACUGUAACUACUUCUCUCACGAGAUAGCGCCCCCACCAGGUCUGGAGUAUCAGCAGACGCACCAACCGGCAAUUUUCUCCAGUCAAAAUGGCGAAGUGCACUGCAACGGCACACCCAACGGAGUGAGGAAGGACAGCCAAACGCCAAUCUUUCCCACCAACCACGACAGGGUGACGAUUAUACCCACAUCACACCAGUACAAUGAACAUAAAGGAUUGUUGGUGAAUAGGUCAGACACACCUCCCUCACUUGAAGAGGAAUACCAUCGGCCAGUAAAGCUCUUGCCCGGUGGUGACUUUGACCUCGGGUCUGAGCUCGCACAGAGUCUGUUACCCAACGGGCACGCGUACACUGCAGAUCCCGCCCUGAGCGAAAGCGAACCCUUAAGGCGGGCAUGUGACUAACACCCCACCUCGUUUUUUAAUCUUUUUUUUGCACUGAGAACUGCUACCUCAUACUGAGGGGCACACACAAAGCUGGCCCCAUUUAUCUGAAUGCAGAACAGGGCGACCGGAGUUUGAAGGAAAAGCUUAAAUGGGACGAUGACGUCCCAUCUGAGCGUUAAAGUUGUAUAUAGAUAUAAAUCCUCCUCAGGGAGGCGUCUUUCACUCUUCAAAAAUGUGACCUGCAUUUGACGCAUGCAAAUGUAUGAGAGUGCUAUAACAUUGGGCUUUGAAAUGUACAUAAGAGUUUUCAUAUAGAAAUAUAUAUGAAUGUAUGUAUUACAAUAACUUUUGCUGAACUCUAUUUGGUCCAUGGUCAGAACAGAGUGGUUAUAUUUUAUUUUCUGAAUUUCCCAGUUUUAUAAGCAGUGCCUUAUUGCAAGAUCAAAGUAUCCUCAAGGUCUUGUGGCAGAGGAGAACAUGGGUGAUCUGUCUGUACACUUUACUUUUUCACAGAAAGUUUUUCGUGCACUUGACGUUUAGACAAACUCAAUAUUCACAAUUCAUAGACUUGAUCGAAUACUUACAGGAUCUGUGCGUUACCACAAAAAAUAAGACCAUUAUCUCAGCUGGUACAAGGUAUGUGUGUACAGAAAUGCACAUAAAAUGAGUCUAUGGAUGGCUUUGUGAAACAUUGCAAAAAUGUUUUCUCAAUAAAUUUAGUCUUUUGCAGUAAAAUAACUUUAACAUCCUUUUAACAACUGUGUUUGAUAGCAAGACUUGUAUUGAGAGUAUUUUGAUUUGAAGUUUAUUUUUCUUAAAUCAAUUAUGUUUUCGUGUUAAAAGCAUAACCCUGUGAGAAAAAAAUACACUCAAUUCAAGAUCGCUGUAGUUGCUGCUAAAUACAAAUAAAUAUUUCCGAAUUUUUAAUGGAUGUCAAGAUAAACAACCGAUUUGGAGAUAUCAGGUAAAGACUAUUGAAAGUGCCUGACCGUGUUCACUAUUCUCUGAGUAGAAUUGUAUUUCACGGGAAAUACAGCCAAGAAUUUGUGUUUUGGGUCUGAUGACUUUGGAUUGAAUUUUCCAACUCCAUUAUGGUACAAAUACAUACAAAUAUUGGCAUAAAAGAAGCACUUUGAGACUAAUAAUGAGGCAUAUGUUGACCAGUAUGUAGAAUCCGUUUGUAUCUCCAUUAACAAUAAAACAUGCCAUCUAAAGCUGCUGCAUUCACCUGUGAUACCUGUGAUGUUUACGUCAUCUUUAAAUCUUUUUGAUUGCCUUUUAUAACACAUUUGGAGAAAUAACAAAUCAAUGUGAAUAUCAUCCAAACAUAACAUCUAGUGUUUUGUUCUAAAAGUGACUUCUAGCUAGCAGCAAAGAAGGGAAACUAAAGGGAAAGAGCGGAUCUCUAAAUAACUGGUUUAAUGGGACAAGCACAGAAUGUUUUCAUGUAAAGGGAAUAAGCUGUAUUUCUUUUUUAUAACACCUUACCAGCCGAUCUUCAUUGUUUUGUUGAAGACUUAAGUAGCUUACGCUAUAUAAGGUCCUUAUAAGUUAGUCUAAACCAAAUAACCCAUUCUUGUCGACAGCCAAGGUUUGUAUUUCUAGGCCAAAUAGUGAUACAUCUCUACUAACCUAGGGUAAAGUUGGAUUACUGUAAUUGUCAAGAAAAGGUUGACAUGAUACCUGAAUGCUGAAACUGUUGUUCUGCAGUAGUUUUGUGAUUGGCUGUCUGAUUGUGUAAUCCAGCUCUGUGAAGAAACCCUGUUAGCUCACACAUGUGUGUGGUCAUACUCUUUCAUUUAAUUUAUUGAAAUGAACUCUAACUACAGCUCUACACCCACAUUGCUAAAACUGUUGAAGUGUCAAAAAUGAUAAGUGUUUAUUAAAGUCACAUGAUUUCUUUAA